AUGAAUCGUGACAUCCUGAAGAUCGGAGGUGCUCCGAUCUUCGACGAUCGCAUCGUUAAAAUAGAGACUCACACGUACAAUCCGUACGCUAACACUACAUUCGGAUACAGCGAUGAAAUACGAAUACCGAUUCAACAUCAGGAUCUCUACACGUUACCGUGCGAAAGUGUACUCUACAUCGAGGGAAAAUUCGUCAAAAAACAGAAGGAAGGAAGUACCAACCAAACACCGAAACUGACGAAUAACUGCGUCGCAUUCAUGUUCGACGAGAUUCGUUACGAAUUAGACGGAGUUGAAAUUGACAGAAACAGAAACGUCGGUAUUACAAGCACUAUUAAAAAUUACAAUUCGUUGACAGCUGAAAGAAAUAAAACGUUAGAGAAUGCAGGAUGGAAAAUUGCACUUUCUCUAGACUUAUUGCUCGAUCGAUCAAUAACAACAUCUGAAGAGUUUAACUUCUGUGUACCGCUCAACACACUUCUUGGAUUUUGUGAGGACUACAAAUGUAUAGUGAUAAACGCCCGACAUGAACUCGUUCUGAUACGUGCUCGUAACGACAACAAUUACGUUAUCGCUAGCGACACCGAGGAAUUUACACUCACAUUAUCAAAAGUGCAAUGGAAGAUGCCGCACAUGAUACUGAACGACGUAAACAAAUUAUCACUCUUGCGAACGUUGGAACGGACGAUAUCUCAUCCAGAUGGGAUUUCGAUCUUGGGAUUUGUACGAGUUUCCUCUACUUCAGAGCACGACGAAGCAUUCGUGGGCUGUGAAGUCAACGUCGCAUUUGGAAAAACCACAAUACGUGAUCCUUUCGCUUCAAACUGGAAAGCGAAACGUACUCUCUCAGGAUAG